GUGGUGAGUUAGAAUCAGAGUCUUUGUAUAGGUUCAGUUGGUAUACAAUGGUAGGCAUACAGCAGGCUUGCUACAAUUGCUGAUUAACUUAUUCUUUUGGAAAUCUGUGAGCUUUUAGUUGGAUAAUAACUUGGAUACGAUGUGAAGACUGGAAAGAAAUUGGGUUCAUCAGCUUGUUAAUAUUCAUUGAUUCCUGGAUUACAGUGGAGUAUGUUUAAUAUUCAUACAAAGAUGUGCUAGAACAAAGAAGACAUUAGUCAGUGAAUACAACUGAUGAAGAGAUUUUUUUUUUUAUUGAAAAGAACAACAACUCUGUUUGUCCUAGUGUGGCAUUCGACUUGAGAUUAUCUCCUACUACACAAUGACUUUCACUGGAUAUAAAUUCGUUCUCUUCUUGUUGGCAUCGUUGUGCUGGAUAAUUGUUUUGGCCGCUGCUGAGGAUACUACCACACCUCCAACCACGACCACAACUACGACUACAACCACACCUCCAACAACGACCACAACUACGACUACAACCACACCUCCAGCCACGACCACAACUACGACUACAACCACACCUCCAACCACACCUCCAGACACGACCACAACUACGACUACAACCACACCUCCAACCACACCUCCAGACACGACCACAACUACGACUACAACCACACCUCCAACCACACCUCCAGACACGACCACAACUACGACUACAACCACACCUCCAACCACACCUCCAGACACGACCACAACUACGACUACAACCACACCUCCAACCUCGACCACAACUUCAACCACACCCUUAAUCAGUACCACACCCACCGUCACAACGACAACAGCUACCACAAGCAAUUCUUCAACAAACACUACAGAUUACUGCCAGAGUAAACCAUGCCUCAAUGAUGGCAAUUGUACAAGUAACCCAACAAACUAUACUUGUACCUGUCAGCCUGGUUUGUCUGGAGUAAACUGCCAAGAUGUCACCUACUGCACACCAUCACCAUGUGUUUUUGGAAUAUGCCAAGCAAGUCGAACAAAUUAUACUUGUCUUUGUCAAAGUAAUUUUCAAGGGAGAAAUUGUACUGAAGAUGUUGAUGAAUGUAACUUGAAGAAUCCUUGCACAGGGCGUCUUAAUACAGAAUGUCACAACACUAAUGGAUCAUUUGAGUGCCAUUGUGUGUCUGGUUAUGAGGAUAUUGAUGGACAAUGCCAAAGAGCUACUCUGUGGCCUGACUACAAUUCUACUUAUUUGGUUAAGUUAAAUGGUUCUUAUCCCCAAACCAUUCCAUUGCAGUUUCCUAUUGGAUUUCCAUUUUACAACAGAGUUUAUAGGCAGAUUAAUGCAUACUUCAAUGGUUUUGUUUCAUUGGGAGAUGGGUCUGCAAUGGAAGAGCCACCAAAGUAUUCUUCUUGGUCUUACUCUCCUGUUUUCCUUGGAGUCUAUUGGGCAGACUUUGCUCAAGCUGCUUCCAGUGAGCUUUAUGUUACCCAAGAUGAAACCAGAUUUCAAGACUUAGACCAAACAAGUUCCUUGCUCGAGUUUGUUCAAACUCACACUAAUUUUAGAGCUUUUGGUGCUUUGUCUUUUACAUGGAAGAAUAUGGAGCCUAAAGCUGUGUCUGUGCAGCCACAGAGAGCAACAUUUCAGUUGAUUCUUGCAACAGAUGGAGAUAGAUCAUUAGCCAUCAGGAGUUACCAAACAGUUUGGAGCAAAGUGAACCAAGUGAACUGGCCACAGUUACUGCCCACCUAUACAUGGAGUAAUGGGACAUUAGUGAAGGACACUAAACCGGAAAAUGCAACAUCUGAAAUACUUCGAUUUUUUAACCUGUCCCAAUCCAGUAUUGAAUUGCAACAGUGUUUAUGGAAUACACAGACAGCACUGAAGAGCAUUAGAGAUAUACAUCAAUCUUUACCUGAUUGUCCUUGUAUUUCAAAGCAGGCUGAAGUGGAUUAUAGAUUUGUUCAAGAUACUCCCCAAUCUAAGUGUUACAGUAGCAGAUUCUCAUACAAAGUUUCAAAUGAGACAUUCUUUCAAUAUUGUUGCUACAAUAACGAUGGAGUCCUUCUGAAGAAUACUAAAGAGGCUGGCAUUCCAAUGAAUGAUUCCUCAACGAAUCUGUUAAACAACGCUUAUCAGAGCUGUUGUAAAAAUGACGGGGACACCUGCAACUGGCUCUACACCCAGCUCCCAUCAUCUAACUGCUCCAUGUAUAGAGAAGCCACACUGGUUGCUGAGUUUGGAAAUUCUCAUGUUAAAACAUUUGAUAGCAACAAGUACAGCAUUCAAAGUAUUGGUGACUUUGUGGUCUUUAAAACAGACGGAUACAUCUUGCAAGGAAGGACAAGUACACAAGAGAACAAAACAACAUACUUCUCACAGUAUGCCUUGAAAGUUAAUGAGCCUGCUGCCAGGAUAAUCUUCAAACCAGACAAAAAUAAUCCUUCAUUCCUGGAUGUCAACCAGACAACACCAUCAUCUCUCUCUCUGGCUGGUUUUAGUCUGCAAAUGAUAGACAACUACACAGCUGCAUUUAUCACUAAGAGCUGGACUGUUGAAGUGCACAAUGAUGGAGGUGUGCUGUAUCACUGGGUAUACAUCUACAGCAAUGAUUUUACCACUACUGGGCUGAUGGGUACAUUUGAUUCCAACAAUACAAAUGAUUUCCUGUUUCAAAAUGGAUCAACAGUGUUUGGAACAAGUGACGAAUUGGAAGUCAGCAUUAUCAACAAAUUUGUGGACUCUUGGAAACUAAAUGGAAACGACUCUUUGUUGGAAGGAAGCCCAGACAAUAUUACCUUGGCAUUUCCAGUUGUGGAGAGUUCUGUUUCAAAAAUAAAGAAACUUUUAAAUAAUACUGAGGAUGAAGCAAAGGCUAAUGAAAUUUGUGGAGAGGAACUAUUUUGUUGGCAAGAAUAUUCAUUAACAAAGUCAAAUGCAUCAGCUAUCAAUAUCAUAAAUCAAAUCAAGAGACUGCAAAGUCGUCUGAAUAGUAUCUCCUAUACUCCGCCAAUGUUUAAAGAGAUGGUCAAGGUGAUCAAGGUGAACUCAACUCAAGUCUACACUUUGAAACUGGAGCUGGUUGGAAAUGAGACUGCUGCUUUUGCAGUGGACAAUGUUUCCAGCUUUCCUGGGAUGAAAUUAGAAAAUGCAACUUUCAUGUGGAAUAUAAGUGGUAGCUUAGAAGAUCUCAGGAAGAGGGUCUACCCUUCAAGUUUGAAGUUCACAGCUAAAGACUUUCAAAAUUUAAUUGCUGAAUACAGACCUGACAUAUACUUGUGUUUGUGUGGGGAGACUACUCAGUGUGACUUCAAACACAACCCUGUGGAGGAUGUAACUGGUGAUUCACUUGGCAAUGUCAAAAGUGUACCAUGCAUUUGUGAUGAAAAGAAAAAUGGCAGGUACUGUCUGGAUGAUGCUGACAUCUGCAAAAACUGCUGGAAUACAUCUGGAUGUAACACAACAUUGGAUAAGUACUGCCCAGCAUGCCCUGCAGGUUUUCAAGGAGAUGGAUUUCAAUGUUUAGACAUUGAUGAGUGUGGCACAAACAAUGGAGGCUGCCAGCAGAACUGUACUAAUAAUAUAGGAUCAUUUCAGUGUAGCUGUUUUGGUGGUUACAGUCAGAAUGGAACAGUUUGCACUGAUAUUGACGAAUGUCUAAACCAAACUACCUGUAAGAAUGACUUCCAGCUUUGCACCAAUUUUGAUGGUUCCUACAAGUGCAAUUGUAUGCCAGGUAGAAUUGGGGAUAGUUGUAUUAAAGCUCCCUACUCCUACUUGGGAAAUAUUGUCAUUCAGAACCCUGAUGGUUGGACUGAUGAAUUAUUGAACAAUGCUUCAGCAGCUUUCAUAAACCUGGCCACAAAAGUUUCAACCAGUAUAACAUCAGCACUGAAUGACACGUUAUCUCUUAAUUUAAAAAAUGAUACAGAAUAUGUGCAAGUAUUGUACUUUAGGAUAUAUGAUACAAAUAGCACAUCCAACAGCACUAAUUUUUCACGUAGAAAAAGGGAUGUUUCUCAUGAUACUCCUAUACUUGCCACUUACAUUAUUCAUCUAACCCAGAGCAUAAAAAUAAAUGACAUAAAUGAGGCACUGAAAAAUGCAGUCCAGAAAUCAGAUUGCAUAAAGUCCUGUAGUUUUUAUAAUCUACAAUCAGUACUACAAAUUCCAAGUUUGGAUUCGAAAACUGAUAUAUGUACGAUACUAACAGUGAAUCCAUGUGAUGCACAGACAACCAGCUGUCAGUCAACUAACAACCAAAUCACAUGUGCAUGUAAAACUGGAUUCCAAAAGAAUAUUUAUGAUCCAUUUAGUUGUGUUGAUGUUAAUGAAUGUGCCCGCAAUAAAUGUGGUACAGGCCAAUUUUGUACAAAUACAUUUGGUAGUUACAUCUGUAGCUGUGAGGCUGGUUACAAAUGGGAUGCUGCUAGCCUGACAUGUAAACCUGAUAAGUGCAAAGCCAGUCCCUGUAAAAAUGAUGGAAUCUGUACUCUAAGUGAAACAGAAUCUGGUUACACAUGCAGCUGCACUUAUGAAUGGGCAGGAAACACUUGUGAGGAAGAAGACUCAGAUGCUAGAAGAAUGAAAAUAGCAGUAAUCUGUGUCAGUGUUAUUCUGGGAUUCUUCUGCCUUUGUUUGUUGAUCAUACUUCUGGUCGUAUGCUACAAAAAAAGGAAGGAGCAAUCAGAUUGGACAUUAGAAAGUGAUAGCUAUACCAACAGCCGUUUAAAAGACUUUGAUGGUGUACCAAGGCCAAAGGUGAAACCCAAUAGUGGGAGAUUAGAAAUGGCAGAGAAUGGCAGAAGUAAUGAGUAUGAGUCCUUGCACACAAAUGAUAAUGAAAAUCACUCAGGCAAACAUUUUGUGAACAAGGCAUAUGAACAAGAUGAAGCUGUUUCCCAAGAGAGGCUGUAAUUGUGUUCCAAUGUUCUAGUGUUACAAUCAAGACUUAGGCGUGUUAAUAAAAGGAAUAUUUAAAUGUGUUCAGACUCUUGUGCGUGUAUGAGUGUCUUGGUUACACAUGGCAGUAAUGAGUUUUGGAAAUGGUUGUUCAGACUCCAAUAUUAUUGACGUUCAAAAAAAUCUAGGUGCAUAAUUGAAUAAUUUACUGAAUGCUGCUUACAACUUUUCAGUCCUUGGUGAGUAGUAAACUCACACUGCAUUCGUUGUUUCUUGUUUAAAGAAUAGCCAUCUUCCUCUUAUCAUCUCCAAAUUUCAUAUUUUAUUACCAUUUCAUUGUCUGUUGUUUGUUUUUAAAGAAGUCCCAGCCGAUUGAUUAGAUAAAUAUAUUUUACAAAUAAAAAAUAUAACAGUGAUUUUUGUUUUAACAUUUUGGAAUUUUUACAAAAUAAAUUAGUUCAAAGUGAAAUGUUUUAUUCAUCAGUUGAUUUUAAAAUCUACAUUCUAGGACAACCAAAUAGAAAAAAUAUACUGGUAUGUUUUAAGAUGCUAAUUCUUGUAUUUUUUUAUUAUAAAGCUUAUAUCAACUCACUCUGUCUGUCUGUCUAUAUAUCUGUCUGUGAGGUAAAAAGUGUGCACACAUUAUUUCUGCCACAUCAUUUCUCGGAUCAAGUUGAAACUUCACACAAUUAUUCAUUAGCAUAGACAAGACAUGUAUUUAAAAAAAAAAGUAACCAAUUAGUCAAUUAAUUACUGGUUAUUAAUUAUUUUCUUUGAUACCAAUAAGGGAAACUUUCAGUAUUUACAGAUAUGGCUAAAUUUGUUGAGUUUAGUCUCCUAAAAUAAUUGUUAACGCUAUUUCUCCUUCACCAAUUCUCUGAUCAAGUUGAUACUUUAAACAAUUAUUUAUUGUAGCUACCAAAACAUGAAUCAAAAUAUGCCCUAUUAGUCAAUUAAUUAUUGGUAAUUAAUUAUUUUGUUUGGUAUCAAAUUAGUAAAAUAACUUGUACAUUAUUUAUAGAUAUAGUUUUAAGGGAGGAGUUCUUCCCCUUUAGUUAAGCUUUGUUUGUUUUUUAUUUAAUGCUUGUUUUAUUUUUACUGAAUUAUGUCCUCUUAUUUAUUUUAUAUCUUAUCAUUCCUUUUGAAUGUAGAAAUCCACCAAUAAGUAAAUCUUUGUUUUGUAUUUAAAUUCAUAUACAAACAUUUCAUGUUCCUAUAUACAUAUAUAUACAUUUUCACAGAAAACAGUCAUUCUCUAUAUAUUACUUGUAUUUAAUAAUAUAAGAUGUUUUACUAACAAUGACAUUUAUUUCAAAGCAAACAAAAACCAUUCCAUAUAUCAUUGAGUGUCCAUUUCAUACUUCUGUGAGAGUCCAUCCCACAGAUCAGUCAGGGUAAUAUGUAUAUCAUGCCAUUUGUUGUCUUAAAACUGCCAUUCCUUUUGAUAUACCACAUCAAUACAAUUUAUGCGUUGAUGUUCUGAAGUUUUUCUUUAUUCAAAUGAUGUCAAGUAUGAUUUUUGUUUAGGCUACUGACUGCCUCAUAGUUUGUGGAAAUUUUUAAAAAAAUCACAUCAUAUGCCAAAUGAUUUACUCAUUUAAUAUUCUACAUAGAAGCUAAGAAUUUUUCUACUUUUACAAAUCUGUGAUCUUGUUCUUCAUUGUAACUCCUUCUUGCUAAGAUUAUUCAAAUCGAAAAGCAUUUCAGCCUUUUUUGAUUAUUGUUACUUGUUCUUAAAAUGCUAAUUUGAAAUUUCACAUGCCAACUAUGGACACAUUCUGCCCUGAUAAUAUAUUAUGUAUGAUUGCUUUUGAAAUAAAACAUUUUUAGAGAUUUAAUUAACUACGAAAUUUUAGAUUUAAAAUUGUUUUUAUAUUGUAACAAGUAAAAAAUUGAUUAUAUACACUAUAAUGCUUAUCAAUAUUUUUAUAUUAAAAUAUUAUCAACAUUUCUGAUUGCAGUUAUCACAGGACUGUCAUUAUGUGUAUAUUGCUGAAUUCAGUCCAUGUUUCCAUUUCUCAUAUCCACUGUGUUAGUGCCUUCCCCUUGAAAACACUAUAUUUGUUAAACAAUAAUAAAUGACUUUUAGUUUAAAUACACAUAAUUCAUGCUGCUAACACCUUUCAUCUAACAAUAAAUUUUCUGUUCAAUUGUUUAAACUCCAACAUUUGUCCCCAGUUACAUUUUACAAUAUUCUACUACACUGUUUGUUGUUUUUGAAAAAUUAAUAAAUUUUUACUAUAAAUUA